CUUAUUUUUAAUUAAAUAAUAAAAUAUUUCGUAAUUCGAGUUUUUUCAAUGCCUAUCCUAUCUAAUAACUGAAGAUUUCAUAACAAAGAAUAAAAAAGUACACUUAAAACAAUUUUGAAAAUAGACAUUUUAAGUUCUCGAAUUCCAAAAGCGCCAUCUAUGAGCUAUAAAAAGAGAUGCGCGCGCAGUUUCAAAACCCGGUUUUGUUUUUCCAUAAGGGCUGGUCUACACUACUGCAGUUCUUUCUGGAGCGCUCCGAAGCGCGGGUGUUUCUGUGGUUAUAAAAGAGUUUCUAUAUUACGAAGGGGUAACCAACGCGCAACGGUCAGGCGGAAGUGAUCGCCACAGCCCACAUCCACAACCUGCGAUACCAGUACAGAGGAAACGUCGCCAGAUUACAAUAUGGCUGACAUGGAGGAUAUCGCCAUGAUGGCCGUGAAACCAGAGACCUCCAACGGUACGGAUAGGAAGACCGUGCCGAUACCUCGCAUAGCCAUCACAUCCACCAUCAAAGCACCAGUACAUAUCGACGUGGGUGGAGUCAUAUACACCUCAUCGCUAGAGACUUUGACUGCGUACCCGGACUCCAAGCUCGGCAAGCUGUUCUCCGGCUCCAUACCCAUAGUGCUCGACGCGCUGAAACAGCACUAUUUCAUAGACAGAGACGGCAAGAUGUUCCGACAUAUCCUCAACUUCCUGAGGAACGGCAAACUGCUGCUGCCGAGCAACUUCAAGUAUCUAGACUUGUUGAUGACUGAAGCCAAGUAUUUUGAAUUGCAUCAAAUGAUUUUCGAAAUUUUGGAGCUGAAGAAUCAUCGUGACCAACUCAAGCCGGAACAAGUGUGGGAGGAACCACGGACUUCCGUCUCCGAGGAGGAGGAACUAUAGGCUUUUUACUGAAAUUCAAGCAUUCAAGCAUCAUUUAACUUUCCAGAAGAUUUUAGUCAUUGCAUUUAAUAGUGAAUACCUACGGCUCAUCUAGAUGAGUUACAUUAUUGUCUUCUCAGAUCUUAAAUUGGGAAUAGCAAUUUUUUUAUUUAUUAGGAGUUGGUAUGUUUUGUUUUAAUAGUCUG